AUGCCUUUCUUGCCAGGCAUCCUCAUUAGUGUGACAUCGUCUUUAACCUCCUGCGUGGCAAUCCCUGACGCACCACCACGAUGCCCAGGGAAGACGGCGACCUGCAAGUCCAGGGGCACCAUUGAAAUUCUGAGUGAUGUGCACCUGAUAAAAACUGGAGACAAAGUAGGUGCCAGUGAAGCCACACUGCUGAACAUGCUGAACAUCUCCCCCUUCUCCUUUGGGCUGAUCAGCCAGCAGGUGUUUGACAAUGGCAGCAUUUACAACCCGGAAGUGCUCGACAUCACAGAGCAGACUCCGCACUCCCGCUUCCUGGAGGGUGUCCCAAAUGUUGCCAGUGUUUGUCUGCAGACUGGUUACCUUACUGUUGCCUCGGUGGUGCACUCUGUCAUCAAUGAGUACAAGCGGGUUCUGGCUUUGUCUGUGGAGACUGAGUGCACCUUCCCACUUGCUGCAAAGGUCAAGGCCUUCUUGGCUGAUCCAUCUGCAUUUGUGGCCGCCACCACUGCUGCUCCUGCUCCUGCUGCAGCCCCAGCCAAGGUUGAAGCCAAGGAAGAGUCGGAGGAAUCCGAUGAGGAUAUGGGAUUUGGUCUCUGA